AUGGCUGGAAAAACUUCAUACGAACUACAUCACAAUUUCCCAAAAUUAGCAGACGAGUCAGGAUUUGCGUUUAGUAUACACCGUCCGCGAGCACACGUAGACUGGAAUAAAAUUAGAUUAAUAGAUAUCGAUAGCCUGAUAAGAGAAAGAAAAUUUACUCUCAUAGAACAACAUGUAAGCGAUAUACUGAACUGCGUAUUGGAAUCGGAAUUUGAUGUUAGAAUUCUGAAUGAUGGGGUUUUGAAGAUGUUCCGGCUAGCGCAAUUGGCGGUUGAAUAUCAACAGUUUUGUCGCCAGUACCUUGACAGAAGUGUGUAUGUGCUAAAAGAGGAAAUUUCGUCGCUAAUACAGGAACUCGAAUUUACCAAAAAAGAUCUUCGCGAGAAAGAUGAUGAAAUAAGAAAACUUAAAAGAAAAGCUAAACCAACUUAUAGAACUAUGCCGUACGGAAAUGAAAAUAUAGCAGCCAUGAUUUUAAAAACACUGUCGCAGAAAAAUGAGUUAUUUCCGUCUACAUCAAACGGUGAUAUGUACCAAUAUAAUAAGUGUAGUUAUUGUGAUAAAGUUUUUUUAAACCAAUUAUAUUUAAAAAGUCAUAUUGCUAGACGCCACGAAAAUGCUGUAAUACCACAAAGAGAAAUUCCAGAAAAUAUGAGUAAUGAGAUAAGGUUAAGUGAAGAAAUAACUGAACUUAAGAAUAAAUUGAAGGAAAUGGAAUCAUUUAUAAAUGAAAACAAACGGUUCAAUCAAAAUGUUAUAACGAAUCCAUCUACUGACAACACUGUCCAAAGCACAGCAACCAAAUCGGAUGAUGCCAAGGUCACUACAAAUCUUAUACAAAACAAUAUGCACAAAAAGACGAAGGACGCCGAAGUAUCUACUAAUAACGAAGAUUAUUUACUUGACAAAAUAGAAGAAUGGAAGAAGGAAGAGCAUGAAAAAUACCAACAAGAAAUAUCCAUUUUGCGAAACCAAAUUUUAGAAACAAUCAAUUCCUUAAAAGAUAGAGAAAUCAAGUCGACUAAUCAAACUGAAGCUAACGUUAUUGAUUUACUACAUAAAACAAUACGUGAGCAAGGAGCAGAAAUUAUGGCAUUGAAAAAUGAAUUGAAUCAUUCUAAAGCAAAGUCAGAUAAUGAAAAUGUACAACUACGUAAAGAAGCAGAAGAGCAAUUGGCACAUUGGACAAAACAAUUAGAAGCUCAAUCAAAGCAACAAGAUUUAUUGUUACAUAAACUAAACGAUGUCGCAAAAAAAGCUCAAGAGACACGACAACAAGCUGAAAGAGAAAAAUCAAGAGCGAAAUAUUUGGAAAAUAUUUUGCGUGAAAAUAUUCGUAAUAAAGAAAAUGAAGAUCAUAAUGAUGAAGUGAUCACAAUGACCGAAAAACGCAUAAUAAGCCAAAAAACAAAACAGCCACAAGGUACCACUUCUUUAAGUAAGAAGCAAUCUCAUCCUAAACAAGAUGCCACUCCAAAAUACAAAACUGUAUCAGAUCGUAAAACACUUGAAAUACUUCAUCAAAAAGCACAAGAACUUCUAAAUUUAGAAACAAUUAGUUCUAGUUCUUCUGAUACGUCAAGUGAAGAUCGAAUGGCAGAAAUAAUAAAACUACAAGUAGCAAAUAAUCAUAAACCAGUAAAAUUACCAGAUAAUAGUAAACCAAAUUACAAACAAAACAAGAUUAUUCAAGAGCAACGAAACAAAGAUCAUUUGAAUGAACAAGAACAAUUACAAGAUUUGAAAUCAAAAGAUUCUCAAAAAUACAAAGACAAAAAAUUUAAAACCAAGAAAUCGCAGGCACCUAAUAAAGAUACAAAUGGCCACAUACAAGUUCAAAGAAGUCCAAUGAAAGUUGUGAGGGCAAAAAUAACAGAAGAAGUAAAUAAUCGGAUAGUGUCAGCAGGAAUGGAUCCUCUCAAGCUAAGACUUCCUAAAAAUGUCUUCCAUAAACAGAGACUCGUGUUACAACAACAACAAGAUCAAAAAGCUAAGAAAAACCCUAUGCGUGAGAAAAUAAAACAUUCCAUUUUAGCAUAUUUGGAUUCAGCAGUAUCAAAUACAAACAUUUCAAUACCAGAUACCGUUUCUCCAAAUAAAGAAUCCAGGUCAUUAAGUUUGAGAUCAGUUCUGUCGAAUGUUAAAAGUAAGGCUCUAUCUUUAGUAAAGUCCAAUGAUAUUUACAUAAAAACUAACCAAAAAAUACCACAGUUAGAGACGGCUUCACGAGACACUCUAAAUGUAGAAGUAACCAAAAGAGCUUUAGACCUAUUGAAUACACCUCCAGGAUCAAUACAUUCAAGUCCUGAGAUAAACAAACAAAGCCCCAAAAAGGAAAACAAUGAAUUAAGACGAUUUAGUAAUCCUCUCAGCCAUGAUACACAUAAAUCUGGAGUGAAUUCUGAGAAAGAUAAGAAUAAAAAAAGACUCAAGGUGAGUAAAAGUAUAGUACAUGAUGACACCAGCAGCGAUUCGAUGAAAAGUAAUCAUGAGUACUUUAGAACAAGCCAGCAAGUUUCAAAAUCGAUAGAUAAUUUAAUUAAAUCACCUGCUCGGAGACCUGCAUCUGCUGAAGUGGAUUAUAAUCAUGGUUUAAAAAAAUAUAUAAAAGAUAAUGAUGACAUUGUUUUAACUCGAACUCAAUCUGCUUUAAACGUAUCUAAUAUAACAGAUAAUAACCUAUAUGACAUGGAUGAUAUAAAAUCAAUAAAAGAAGAACAUAAUUUAAAACGACAGACUUCAGAUGAGAAUAUGCAAAGUAACACAAAACAAACUAAAAGUGUCUUAAAAAAUGCGUCUUCAACAUCUUCUUUAAAUAAAAAGAAAGUGUUAUUUGAUAUGGAUGCAAUACAAAUGAAGUCCGUAAGUGCAUCACCUUCUCAGAGUAUUACUGAGAAAAACGAUGACAAUGAAAAGUACGAGUUGGGUCUAAUUAAUCUGGAUGGCGAAGAAUGGGAUAUAUCGAGCAUAGAGAACGAGCCACUAAAAAACGACACCAAAAUUCAAGUUAACAAUCGAACCAGUCCGAAAAUAGCUGAAUUGAAGCAAAGUAUUGAGUCCCAAUUGGCGCGGCGUAAUGAAACGCCUUCAACAGUGCGCAUUGGGGGGGUUGACAUAACUGGACCCAUGGUAAGGGUCGCCUCGAGCAUUGGCGGCAGUAACACUAGUCUAGGCAGUUCAAUAUUAGACGACUCCGAUGGUAUUCCAGUACCGAGCACUAGAACUCUAGUGAAACCAAAAAAAAAUGUAGAAAAAGAAGAUAGCGAAGUGGAUAUAUCUGAUUUUAGUAUUGAUGGGAUAAGAAAUAAGAAUGGAUCAUUUUAAGUAAGAAUACUGUAUAAGUUUCCACAUUAUGUAUUCCACUAUUUUUGUAAAAGUCGCGGUUUUUAUACC